AUGAGCCAUUAUGGUAACCUUAUUCCAGAAAAUGACCUUGCUUCGAAUAUUGACUUUGUUCCAGAAAAUAACCUUGUUUCAAAAAAUGAGGCUCUUGUGAGCCGUCUUAAAGCCUACACUAGUCAACUCUUUGAUUUACAAUCUCGUAUUUUGGAUAGCAAGGCUAUGUUUAGGUCUUUUGACCUAUGGUCCAAGUAUUUCAGAAAACUUGUUACUGCCACUAUUCCUAACCCUAAUGAAUUAGACGAAGGUGAUAAUGUCGUUAUUCAGCUUGAAUGGGAAGAUCACUUUGGGAGCAGUCUCAGAGAAAUAGCUCUUCUACCAUUGCUGCAACAAUCAUGGCUGGAGUUACACAAAACUCCCUUUCAUGUCCUCUUAUUUCUUGUCUUACUCCUCUCUUUUGUUUCCAUUUUCAAGCAUUUUAUAAGUGGCAAACCAAAAUUUCCACCAUCCCCACCAAAGCUGCCAAUUAUUGGUAAACUUCACCAACUAGGCAAACUCCCACACCGUUCCCUUCAUGCCCUAUCUAAGAAGUAUGGCCCUAUAAUGUUCUUAGACUUGGGCUAUGCUCCAACAGUUGUGGUGUCAUCUGCAGAUAUGGCCAAAGAAAUCAUUAAGACAAAUGAUAUUAUUUUCUCAAACUGGCCGGAAACCAUGGCGGUCAAUUUUUUAUAUUAUGGAUCCAUAGAUGUAGCAUUCUCACAAUAUGGUGAAUAUUGGAGACAAGCUAAGAAAAUUUGUGUCCUCAAACUUUUGAGCCUCAAAAGAGUGCAAUCUUUCCAAUAUGUAAGGGAAGAAGUAGUUGAAGAAUCAAUCAAAAAGAUAUGUGACUCAUGCUUAAAAGGGGCUUCUAUCAACCUAAGUGAGAUAAUAAUUGCAACCUUGAAAAAUAUAGUCACAAGAUGUGUAUUUGGACAAAAAUUUGAAGACAAUGGUAAGUGCAAGAUUGGAGAGCUCCCAAGAAGGGUAAUGGUGCUACUUGCAGCAUUCAGUUUGGGAGAUUUUUUCCCAUAUUUGAGAUGGAUUGAUGUUCUUACAGGAUUUAUACCAAGUUUAAAAUCCACUUUUGGAGAAAUAGAUGCUUUUCUCGAUCAAGUGGUUCAACAACAUAUGAUAAUCAAAGUUGACGAUGGUCUGCCUAAUAAGAAUGAUUUUGUGGAUAGUCUGCUCGAACUUCGAAAUAGUGGCAAGCUUGACUUUGAGCUCACUCAUAAAAAUCUCAAAGCACUCCUACUGGACAUGUUUGUUGGUGGAAUUGAUUCUACUUCAAUAGCUUUGGAAUGGGUAAUGGCAGAGCUCAUAAGAAGUCCUAGUAUAAUGAUGAGAACACAAGAAGAGAUAAGAAGAGUAGUGGGUACAAAGUCACAUAUAGAAGUUGAAGAUAUUAAUCAGACGAAUUACUUGAAAUGUACCCUUGAAGAAAAUAUGAGACUGUAUCCACCACUUCCUCUGUUACCUCGAGAAACAUCAACAUGUGUGAAAUUCAGAGGUUAUGAUAUUCCGCCCAAAAUAAGAGUGUUGAUCAAUGUAUUCACAAUCCAAAGAGACCCUAAAAUAUGGGAUAGGCUAGAAGAGUUCGUCUCAGAUAGAUUCCAAGACAAUCAAAUUGAUUUCAAAGGCCUAGACUUUGAAUUAAUCCCAUUUGGAAGUGGGAGAAGGGGGUGCCCAGGAAUGUCAUUUAGUGUUGUUAUAGCAGAAUAUGUUAUUGCCAACCUUUUAUGCUGGUUUGAUUGGAAGUUGCCUAGUGCUAAUGCACAAGGGAAAGACUUGGACAUGACUGAAGUUAAUGCACUCACUGUGUUUAAGAAAAUUCCUCUCGAGCUUGUUGCAAUACCUUACUCUCCUUGAUCAGUUGAUUAAGAGAUUCACAGUUAUGCUAAUAAUGUAAUUUUUCUUCAUUUGCUUGUUUGGUUUUCAAAUAUGCACUUGCUUCUUAUACACUUGUUGAAAUUAAUGUAAGGGGACUCCUACCUUAAUAAUAACAGAAACUUCCAUGUUUCAAAAACUUUUUCAUGCUAUUUGAUAUUUUACCCUUUAGUUUGUACUUAUAAAUUAAGCACAUUGAUAUUUGACCCAAUGAUUUUCACAGAUUUGUUUUGCCAUUUAACACUAAUUUACGAACAUUUUCGUUACUUAAAAGGCUUUUGAAACUAUUAAGGAAACUAGCAUUUAGAGUCUCAUAGCCUCUAGUUUACCGUAGAAACUCAAGUUCCAUGUGUUGCAACUUGCAAUGUUGACAUGGAAUUUUAAUCCUCAUAGAACUCAAGUCUUAGAGGCUCGAGUUCCUCAAAGCAAUCUCAAGUUUAUAAAACUUGAGUUUCUAAUGACAAAAUUAUUGUCAGGUAAAUAUCCUCAUUGAGUUUAACUUGCUUUGAUUCUGGUACUACAUUUUAUGGCGCCCAUCUUUGUUAAAAUGUAAUUUGUGAAAGUUCAAAAACGUGUAUAAACACCCUUGAACAUUUAGACCCCCAAAUUACAA